AUGGCUCGCAGUGAUAAUCAAUCUAGCCGUGGAUCGGCGGCUCCAACAUCAAAGGGCCGACUUUCCAGCGACUCCCUCAUACGAUCACUCACUAAGAAGGAUGCUCGUGCCUUUAUGAAGGCAGACAUGGCAGCCUCCAAUGACUCUGGGAUAGUCCUAUCCCACCAAGACUUGGAGGUGAAUGCGCCGGCUCCCUUUCCCGAGUACUCCGAUGCCCAGCCGACUGGGUACAAAGAUGGCGACUCAAGUGCCUCGACGAGAAUCCCCACGAACACGACCCCUAGCGAUGCUUGGACUUUGACCCCCAAUGAAUCCUCCGACGCGGUAGAUUACCGCUCCAAGAGCAAACCAAUGAAGCCCAAGGUCCAUAUAAAACCAAUCCUCCGUAAGAUGUCGCGUGAUGAUGCGCCGUCCACAUCUAUUGAUUUGUCUCGCUCUUCAACCGAGCAGGAAGGUCUGGGCAUCUAUAUGAUGGAGAGAGAUCGGCGUCGAAGUGAAUCCCUGACCGGACCGACAUACCGACGCUCAUCCGGCCUCCACAAUCGAUCCACGAGUGGUACCUCGCAAUUUUCCAUUGGGACCGGAUCUAGCGGAGGCAGAUCAGGAUCGCAAUACGUCUACCCCAUGCGCCCAACCCCCAAGGCAUAUACACCGCCAUUAAGUCAGUCGUACCAAACCUCAAACAAUGACAGCGAUGAGCCAGACGAGGGUAGUUCCGAGUCCCUCCCCGCGUCAGAAACCCCGCGUUUCGUCCGUGCUACUUCGGGACCCGUUCCACGUCUUUCGCUGCAAAUCGAAGACGAUUCAAUCACGCGUCUCGCGGAGGUCUCUCAGUCAAACAUCACUGGGCGACCUUCUUUCGGUUACUCACGCGAUAAUGGGAGUACCCUAGACACAUCAUCCCCGAUCUCUAGGCCCUCUCUUGAUCACAUGUUCCGCUCGCGAACUCGCACCAGUAUGGAUCCGAUCUCUCGUGCCGCUACCGUCCAGGCAGCCCGUCAAGCGUUUGAGGAACGAGAGGCUGCCAAAACUCGCCGGCUCGAGAAACAGCAGUUGAAAGCCGAAGAACGACGCCGUCGCGUCAAGCACACUUUACCCAUCGGCCAUCAUCAGUCCUCAGCGGUGCAAUCCAAAGAGGAAGUUUCUGAGAAACCUCCCAGAUCCAAUGGACCGAGUCCGGUGGAGGCAGAUAAACAACCGUCUGCCUCAUGGAAAUCCCAAUCCAAGAGCGCCUGGGUUCUGUUCAUGACCUGGCUUCGAACGCGGGUGUUCAAAUUUCGACGAAAGCUUCGAAAGGCCUGA